AUGUUUUCAACACGUGGGGCAUGCCAAGCCGUCAAAGCGCCAUGGUUUGCCCUUGUACUUUUCUUUGCAACGUGUUUUUGCAGCACGACGAGCUGUACUACAGAUGGCAGCUGCGCUGCGGCUUGUGCCGUGAGCAGCACUAGCUGCACAGGGGUGUUUUGUGACUCUGUGUUCAGCCGCUGCGACUGCCCAAGCGAGGCUCUGCUUCGUGCAGAUGGAUCCUGCGAGGUCUUUGCUGCCGCAGCAGCAGAGGUCACCCUUGCUCUCGUGCUUCUGUCAGCUGCGCUCAUGGAUUGUCGCGGUGCCGAAUGGGUCGUCUCAACCGGGAUUCCGGUGAGCAUGGAGGUGUCGGGCAGCAAUCUGACAUCAAGCAGGAGGCUCCGAGUCGUAGCUCCCACUUCAAGCUGCGACGAAACGAGUGGAGCCAUUGGAGAUUUGCCUUUCCUGGUAAACUGCACAUCGGGCUGUACACAGGCGAGAGAGGACACAAGCCUGGCACUGCAUACUUGCGUCUUCGAUGCAGCGAAGGUCGCGGCACUGCGCGUCCAAAGCGCUCACAAGGUGGAGGUGGAGUUCGAUGUGGUUCCAGGCAUUCGAGCCCACGACAGGACUUUUUGCACAGCACGAGCUGUCCUAGUCAGCGACGUGAAGCUGGACGAUGUGCUGUGUUUGUGGAUCUUUCUCAUGUACAACUUUGCGCGCCCAGCACAUCACAAAGUGGAAGUGGAUGUCUACAUGACUGGGAUCCGUGAUUCCGAAGCUGCCGCUUGCUUGGCGCAGCAUGUCUUCGAUGCUGCGGAGGCCGCGGUGAAGGAGCGUGGCGGCAGUUGUCCUAUUGCCUUUCGGGUGCUGGCAUCGAAGAGGCCAGCCAAAUCUGCACCACGCCAUGAGAAGGAUACCUACGCACCAUAUCGGGAUGGUUCUACCGGCUUCCCUCAAGCCAGCGAGCGGUCUUUAGCCUUCUGGGAAGAUUUGCCGGAGGAGGCUCGACAAGCCGACUUGGUCGGUGUGAUUGCCCAGUUCUUCAACUUUGAGGUUGUGGCGGACACGACCAGUCUUUGCAAAGACGUGCUCGACGUCAUUGUGCCCAAAUCUGGAGGCAUCCUCAUCUUCCAGAGUGGCUUCAACACCCGCGUCCCACUCCAUGCAGAGGACGUGGUUUGGGGCACCCUGUCCGAGAAGGUGGAGAGGGCCGGUGCCAAAAUCGCCCUCAUCAGCAAUGGCUUCAGCUUUGAUAAGGCCUCUGGAAAGUCUGGUGUGAUACCACCGGAUGGAGAGACUAUGAAGAAGCUGGAACGCUUAAAUCCAACGCUGUGGAGUCAUUUGCGAGAUGCGGGGCUCAAAGAAACGCUGCGCUUCUCCGUGGAUCAGAUGGCCAAGUGGCUGACAAAGGUCCCAAUGACAGGUGUCGACUAUUCCAACAGCGAUUUGAACGCCGGUUUGGCUGCAGUUCGGAGCAGACAUGGCAUUCCAGAGGUGCCAAAUGUCGGCGACGUCCUGCAGGAGCAAUACUUGAAAGCACGGCAAGAUGACACGAAGGUGAAUCCGGUGCUCUCAGCCUGCCGCGAGCUGCACGAGCUGGCCAACACUUGCUGCGGUGCUGCAGCGUCUGACUACUUGGGCAGGGCAGUUUCCAACCUUGAGAAGUUCGGAAAAAGCUUGGAAUGCACUGAUGGGCAGCACUUCGCUGCGUUGCUUCAAUCAGAGGCUGCCGUGUUGGAGCCCUGCGAAUGGGCUCGCAAGGACGAGAUGCUGCAGCCAAGCUUUUUGGCAUCUCCGGCUAAAGGGCAGCUAAUGUGGGCAGCUCGCAACAUCAACGUUCCGCAAAGCCUGGCAUGGAUGGAAAAUGGCUUGUGGAUCGGCGACAUCAAGAUCAUUUUGGGCAGCGAGGUGCAGUGCCGAGCAAACUGCGCCGAAGAGCACAUCACCAGCCUGAGGGGUCUGGACACGGGAGGUCACGAAGUUACUGCAACCGCAAACCCGAGGAGGUUCGUGUUGCAGACCAGUCUGCCGACGGUUGGAGGACAGCUUCCGAGCUUCGAUGUGUCCGCAGGAUCUUGGGAUUGCACGAACCGUGCUUCGACGCAGAAGCUCUGGUCCAGCACUGCCGCAGCUGGGCUGCGAGUUUGUGCUCGGCCUGAUGGAGGCACCAGCCAUGAGAUUGGAACGCUUUCUUUCGUCAACGCAGCAGAGAUGCCAGUGGCUUGGCUUCAUCCCACAGCCACAGCCGUCGGUGCGCCUGCUCCAGUGGCAGUGUCGUUCGUCGUUGGCUUGGAGCAGUCGGCAAUACAUACGAUGGGGGGCAUGAGGCUAGUUCUGCAUUUUGCCACCGGUCAGCUGCAGCCACUUCAAGUUGAUGGUGCUUUGGUGCUGCCAAGUACGACCAACACCGAGCGGGAGCAGAACCAAGCUGCCUGCGGAAGGUUGAUCAAAGAGCUGUGGGCCAACGACAGCCACUUUCCAAUGCCCAGGGGCUGUAGCUACUGGACAUCAGGAGAAGAAGGAGAGCUGCAACUGUCUUUUGGUUCGGGAAAUGAUCUGCGCCCCGGAGUUGCGUAUCAGAUCAUCCUUUUGGUUAUCCUGAAGCUGGGCGCGACGACUGCCGAUUCUGGUUUGGAACUUCGGCUCAUGGGUAGUGAUGACAACUUCGUCCAUGAGCUUGGCAAGCCAAAACUGAAUCGGCCGCUGACAGCUGGUGCGGAGUUCCCCGAUCCCCGCCUUGCAGCCGAGGUCGUGGGGGGGUCCAAUGGAGUGGCUGAGCUUUCAGAGGACCAUGGGCCAAGCUUCGACUUGCGCAUCUCUCCCGAAGUCGGGGAACCUAUCCCUGGUGGCUCCUUCUUGCGAGUGUUCUUGAGUCCCUUGACGGCAUGGGGGAGCUGGAGCUCGAGCUGCGCUGUAACUUCCGAGCUGUGGGACGUCAAUGCCACCCAUCGUGCUGAUCUACCUUGCGAGGUGUCAUCCCUUGUGGCUCCCAUGGCCUUCAGCAACUUGCUGCAGAUAACGCUCCCGAACGUUUCAAUGGCAGCAGGGGCGAGGCUUGAGAUCCACGUCGGAGGGCUGGCGAAGCCUUCAGGAGGCUUCUUUCCGGAUCAGCUGUCCGCAGAGCUCCUCCGGCCGGAUGGAACCAAGCCUCACUACGUCAGAGCCUCCGGAAGUUUGUGGGCGUGGCUACAGCACAACUCCAGCAUUGCGGGCAUUGUCUCUUGCGUCACGUGUGGAAACAAUGCUCCUUUCAGAAGCCAGAAGAACAGUCUUCUCGUCCGCUUUGCCCUGGCUGCAACGCUACGCUCCGUCGUGGAUGAUGGUGAUUCAUCAGGUGAGGCGCGCUUGUCUCUGACGGCCCCGGACGGAUACAUCUUGAGACAGGCCGAGCCGCCGCCCGUUGCUUUGGCCAUGAGCUCAGCUCUGGAAUCCAGGUGGUCCUGCUCAGGACGGAGCUGCGUGUACACUUUGCCGUCCUUUGGUGCCAUUUGGGCGGGAAGUUGGGUCGACGUUUGGGUCACGCUAUCCAAUCCAGAAUCGCCGCUGGAUGCACAAAACCCCGACAACGUGUGGCAGCUGAGGAUGCAGGCCACCGGAUACCACACCACAAGCAUGCCUGCGCCAGUGGUUCACUUCUCGCAGUCCCACCUUCAUGAUGCAGACGUCGAGCUGACAGCAGGAGUGCCUGUGCUGGGCAUGCUGGGCCAUGCCUCCAUUCAGCCCAGCCGCUUUGCCGCCUCGCCGGCCAACGGAUCGCUGAUGCUCAAUGAGCUGCAGGUCUUCUUCAUGCCAGAGCAAACUGUUUCGGUUGGCAGGCUUGUUCUACAGAUGCCAGAUGGUUUCACUGUGCCAUCGACUAGAAUCUGCUCAGACCUACCUCCAUCACUUUAUUCUGCCGAUGGUGAGGGGCGCCGGGUGCUGGAGCUUCCAGGAACUUGGUGGUGCACAGUGGACAGGAGCCGCUUGAGCAUCGCAUUGGCUGGGGCACUGUCAGCCGGCAAAUACUAUGGCUUCCAGGCUCAGGUGUUCAAUCCUCGGACGUUGCUUUCCGUGCAAGAACCUUGGGUGCUGAUGACAGUCUCGGGCCAGGGCUACGCUGUAGAUGCAUCGGCUACGAUUGGCCUGAGCCCACCAGGCGCUGAAGAUGGCUUCGACGUAUACGAACGGGAGCUCACAGAGGUGGCUGCGGUGCAGGACGUCACCCAGCCCUUGAUACGCAUGGAGGUCGUCUAUCCCGCACCGUCGGAGCAAGAUCGGGUUGCAAGAGUGCAGGUCUUGCCUUUGAGAACAGGAGUGGAGAUUUGGGCAUCCUUCAGGGUGACUGCACCUUCGGGCUACGAGUGGUUCGUGCCCGACGAGGAGCUGCAUCUCGAAGGCACCACAGCAGACCUUCCAGGUCUGCCACUUGUGGCGGCCAACGUCCUGCGGUGGCCGGCUGCCAGGUAUUUGCAGAACGAGACUUAUGGGUUUGCCUUGUGGCUUCGUAUGCCUGCAGCCCCACUCGUGUUCAACCGGGCAUUCUUUUUCGAGUUUGGAUACGACCAGUCCUGGUCCACAGGCGGCCGGGUACUCGCCGGCCGUGUGGAUGCUCCGGCAAUCCCAUCACUCAGGAACACUUGGGUGGAACCAGUUUCCAGAGUGCCGGACCAGACUACUGUGGUCACCUUCCAGGUAGAAACCACAACUCCUCUACCUCCAGGCGGCGCACUCAUCGUUCGAAGUCCUGCCGGUGUCGGCUUCUCAACACCCUGCACGUUGAACGCGGUUCCUGACCUGGACUUGCUACCCGCGACAUCGCUUGUCCCGCAGCAGCUGCCCCACCAUGUGUCCUGCAUCACAAGGCCAUUUCCAGCUGCAGCGGCAGGAUCCCACGUCAACCACCAGCAGAUCGACUUGCUGGUUGUCGCUGGGGCAGCUGGUAUCCCUGCCGCACUCUACCGUUUUGAGGUGGCUGGCAGGAAUGCAGUAGCCAGAUCGUCGGAAGGAAGAGAAGACAAUUGCUCCAGCAGCCAUCAUUGCUGGACAUUCCUCAGUGUGGCCAAUGCAAACGCAGAGACUCAGAUCGAGCUGGACUGGCGGAGCAUCUCGCCUGGAUACCACAAGCGGGAUGCCAUGCCAGAGGCCAGGCUGCUGCCAUCGAUGGGCCGCAACGACAGGCCGCUGGAAAGCAACAGCCUCGCCUUCGUUUUCCGCCUGUUACGGGAUGGGAACACCACAGGUUCAAGAGGUGCCUGGGCCAUUUCCCUCCGUGGACCUGCAGGCUUCGUUCUGAAGCAGGACUGCUUCGUGGAAACUCUGGACGUCGCUGCAGCCACGGCCGUUCGCGCACCCGUGCAGAGCUGCGAGGCAGAGCUCAGUUCUGCGAGGCUUACAUCGAUCUCCCCGAGUUUGAAGGCCGGAAUUCCAUACGCCUUUGGCGUGAAGGUGUUGACCAAUCCGCCCCGCACACCGAGCCGAAACGUAUGGUCUUUGGAGGUGGAGGGGGAAGUGUCAUCUCCAUUUCCCGGCUUCUCCGUGCAGACCUUCCGCCUUCUCGAACUGGAGCCUCUCAUUUGUGCCAUGGGCUUUGUUUGGCCGAACGAGCAAGCGAAUGUGGCCAACUUGUCCUUCCAGCCAGAGACCAGCCAAUCCCUUGAAGGGCAAGCUUCCGCACUUCUUGUCCAUGCUCCUCCGGGCUUCGCUUUUGUCAACGGCAGCGGAAGCUGCGCUGUGCUCGCUCACUUCGAAGUUCAGGCUGACGAGCGCAGCAUGGAAGUGUGCUCACAACCUUCGAGCAAAGGGUGCGAUUGCGAUCUGGAGGCGGCAAACGUGCUUGUGAUCAAGCUCCGGGAAGCCUCCAGCAAGCUCGUCGGUGGUCAGCUGUACCGUUUGGGGCUGCGCUUCGUCGCUUCGGGGUCGGAUCCGCUCGAGGCUGCCUGGAAGCUUGAAUCCUUCGACGACAUCGCUUCUCGGGUGAAGCUGGAUGUUGGCCAGGUUCAGGGCUUCCGGCUGUGCGAGCCCGUCGAGCACCUGGCGAUUGGGAGGUACGACCCCAGCAGUGCGGGUGAUCUUGUGAUGCCGAGUCAGGAUGCAGAAUCGUUUCUGCCAGACAUGCUGCUCUCCGUGGCCUUUGCCCACACUGUCUUGCCUGGCGAUACCCUGCGGAUCAAGCUGCCUCCUGGAUACAGGACAGACUGCCCUGAAACUGGGUGGCUACAAGGACCUCUGGCAGGCUUCACACCGGACUGGACCAGUGCACGGAUGCCCGCCCAUGUUGAAGUGAGCUGCACACCUGGCGAGCCUGGCGAAGCGGUGGUCUUUGAGAUACGCGGCGAGGAGCAGCUGCCAGCAGGAGAGAGACUAACCUUCCGGCUGGUGACGGCGAACCCGCGGAGGAUCUUUGGGGAGCAGUACUGGCAGGUGGGGCAUUUGCGAGGAGGAGAAGUGCUAGCAAGUGGAGCCUGGCGCACUUGGGAGGUGUUCCUCCAGUUGUCAGAUGCCGUCAUCACGCUGGCAUCUGCAGCUGUCGGCCAGCGCUCCAGUGUGGUCGACGUGCUAUUCAGAGCAGAGGGAGAUGCAACAGUGCUACGACUUCAGCCGACUUGGCCCAUGCAAAUCGACUUCACGAAGGUGUCCGUCAGCCGUGGGCAGAUUCUCCGGUCAGAGGCUACCUCGGUCCUGCUCGUGAGCUUGGACAUGAAGGAUGGCGAUCGUGUUGGUCUUCGAAUAUUCAAUGCGCAUUUACCCAAUCAUGGUGGGCGGGUUCUCUUCGACUUGGAGACUCAGAACGGCACGGGCGGCCGAAUCGCCAGAAAGCACGGCAUCGACAGCGGGAGCCAGAUUCCAGGCGACAUCGAGCUCCGAUCGCUGCAGCUCCGCAGCGAGUAUGCGCCAAACCUGACACAGUCACAGUGGCCGGCACAGCUGGGUGGUCACAUUGCGCUGGAAAUUGAGGUGAGGUUUCGGGAAAACGUGAACCCAUUCGAGACGCUGCGUAUUUCGGGCAAGCCCUUCGUCAUGCUCCAGGGCAACUUCCGCCUGGUCGCUGUGGACACAGGUUCGAGUGUUCCAAUGUCUUCUAGCAAGACAGAAGACGGAAUUUCUUUCGAGACCCUGGCCGGGCAAGGCUUGCAGCGAGACAUCUGGUAUCGAGCCUUUGCGACUGUUCUAGCUCCCACUACCCUGCCACGGCGUGUGUUUUGGGGCUUCGAGGUCCUGGGAGCAGGUCUUCCCAUCAGCCUCGGCUCAGCAGAGGGAACGGUGCACCUCGUACCGUCCUACGAAGUUGAAGUAACUGCCGUGAGGAGUCCACCGCUUGCUGUCAUCGCCAUCGAAUUGGCCGUAUCAUUGCGUGCGUCAUCGCCAACGCGGCUAACCCUAGUGGCACCGGCAGGCUUCCGUUUCACCGAAAACUGCCUGAGCGGACCUAGUGCUGUGGUGGCUCGCUGCUCGCCAACACAGGUGAAUGAACAGGAGGCAGCAGAGCUGGUUCCAAUCAAGGCAUUCUUCACAGACCUGCCAGAGCUUAGCCUCCAGGUUCGUACGCCUGCGGCGGCUUUAUCUUCGUCUACAUGGCUCCUCGUCGGGUGGAUCCAAGGCGAAGUGGUUGGCUGGGGCGAGGACAAGUUGGGCAUUGAUGUGGUGCAGAUGCGCAGCGUGUCUGUGAUUUACGCCGCCUCUCCUGACACAAGAUCAGAGUUGGUGGUUAGGUUGCGGCUACGCGACGAGCUGCCACCGGGGGGGAUCCUCCAGUUACUGAAUCCACCGGAGUUGGUUCUCAACUGUUCAGGACCGCAGCUCCAACAGAUUUCGCUGCCUGUCGAAGGCUGUACAGCGGAGGCAGGAUCUCUGGUGUUGCGGUUGUCUUCUGGGCUGGUACCGGGCACAUACGCAUUCGGUGUUGGGGCGCAGGUGCCCCCGGCCGCUCCGAAGACAAACAUGUUUUCGCUGCUGGUGUUUGGUCCCAGUGGCCUUGUGCAGGAUGCGACCACCGUGGUGAAGGGCCAGCAGCUACAAAGCGAGCUGCACGUGGGCCCUCGUCCCUUGAAGUGGACCGCGGCCGAAGCUGGGCAAGCGAGCAGUGUUGUCAUGGGCUUUGAGGUGCGGCAACAAGUGAAGCGCGGUUUGGUUGAGUCGGUUCUUCUUACACUGGCUGAAAAUUUUGAGCAUUCGUUAGAGACGCCACGCGGCAUCGAAAUACUGAACCCAAGUUUUCCACUGUCACGCAGCCACGGCGCGACUUCUUGGGCAGACGUCCGAAAGGAAGACCGCAUACUCAUUCACAUAGACCUGGCGCGGCCUCUGCCUCCGGGUGAAUAUGAUUUCCGCAUUCCCAUCACCGUGCCAGAGGAGCUCUCAGCAUUCAACGUGUGGCAACUGACCUUGUGCUCGGAAGGCCGUGCAGCUGAGCCCUGCUCGGCGGAGUCAUCGCGAGCUUUGGCCACGUUUCCGGCGGCUGGAUUCAGCCACGUGAGGUAUGCCUUUCAGGUGGUGCACGUUCCCAGCGGCUGCUCGUGGAAGGUGCAUCGCCGAUACCGUGAGAUUCUUGCCUUUCAUGAGCAACUGGCCGCAGGCACACACGGCAGCCUGCCGGAGUUUCCGCCCAAAGCACUGAAUGGCUUGAGCUGGAUUUGGGGCGAAGAUGUUCCAGUCCAGCGAGUGGCAGCCUUCCAGACGUACUUUUCCAGCCUCGUGGCACGCGACGAUCUGACUGGUAAUGCCACUCUUCAGGCUCUGCUGGGCGUGGAGCCGCCCGAUCCAGUCGGUUCGGUUGACGUGGCAAGGUGGAGAAUGGAAGAACCAGGUCCUGGCACGGUGGAUGUCGAGCUGGCCGUUAGCUGUGAUGCCUUCUCUCCAAGAGAGCCAGGGUCCAGCCCAUUCAGUGGCACGAUUGAAAACUUCAAACCCGUGGAAGAGUUCGUGGUGCUCAUGCAGGGUGCAUCGACCAGCGAGCCCUUGGCUUUCGCGCAGCCUGGCGAGCCACUAUGGGUGAAUGGACUACCAAGUGGAGAAGAGCUGAACCUCGAGGUUCGUGCAAGGAAUGGCAUGGGGAUUUCGGAGCCAGUUGCUCUGAAUCUCUCGUCACCCGGCGAGCGUGCCCUGCGGCUCUUGCCCGGCAUGCGAGUGCGAGCAGUUUGGGCCGGUGAUGGUGCGACCUACGAUGCGGUCGUGAAGAGCAUUCCGCGCAACAGCCCUGACUUCGUCUUGCUAGAUUGGUUAAGACCAGCUCCUCUGAGCGGAGAGCAACUUUCGUGCGUUUGUGAAGUGGGUGACGACACUGCUCACAGAAUGGUUUCUCGUGGCCACAUCUUCCCAGUACGCCUGGCCUCAAGGAUGCCCGAGAGACCGGAGACCGGAAAGGGCACGCGGCUUUCCAUCCACGCAUGUGGAUACUUCCUCUGCAACGCCACGUACAACAUCACCAUAACCGGUGCUGCUUUUGCCUCUCCUGAGCUCAGGGGGCAGGACUUGCAGGCCGGAGUGGCAUCUGCCAAGCUGCAGCAGCUAGUCGCUUUAAGCGCGGCUGCUGGCCUGGCCGUGCUUGUCGCGGAGGUCAACAUCUCAGAGGUCAAGCUUAUCCCAGCGAUGGCGCAGCUAUCGGACCUUACUGCCCCAACUUCUCUGCUGAUCUUUGACAUGAACUUCGACCUCUGCUCCGUCCCAACGGUGGACAUUGACCCUGCGGAUUUUGAGUUCGCCUUUGUCUCAAAGUUGCAGACAUAUGGGGCCUUUGGCGCCGGAACGGGGGCUACGCUGUCCGUCUUGGAGUUUGUGAAUCUAACGGAGAGGAGUGGAAGUUCUGGAACGGGCAACGAUACACAACCUGGACCUUGGACAGGAGGGCAAACUGUCGACGAGCCCAAGACAGACGAUCAGUCUGUGUUCGUUGUUUUCCUGAUCCUUGCCGUUGUCCUGGUCCUCGCUUCGACGCUUGCUGUGAGCGCAUGGGCCAAGGCCCGCCGAGCUCGACUCAAGGUUGUGGCGGAUUCAGAGGAAGAGCACAAAGUGGCACAAAGUCCGGAUGUCGACAGGGUUCUAGCGCAUGUGGCGUGUGCUUUCGCACCUUCGGACGUGGAAGACGACAAGGUUUUCCGAGAAAGCUGCAUCGAUCUCUCCGAAGGAGACAUCGUAGAAGUUAUUGCAGGCGGCGGUGGAUGGUUCUAUGGGCGUGUCAUUUCAGGCAGUGGAGACAUCACUCGCAUGGGCUACUUCCCUGAAAACCGAGUGUCAUGGAUUGGCAAGAUUCCUCGCGCGGAGGUCGCUUGCGCAGACCAGCAUGCUUUGGUCUUCGUGGAUCAUGGGUUCACCCCGGAAGACGUCGCUGAGUGCGAGAACUUGCGGGAGAACUGCCUGCACCUCGAAGCAGGUGAAAUGGUAGAGGUCUUGGCCGGCGGCUCCGGCUGGCUCUACGGCCAGGUGGCAGGGCACCCAGAGCGAGCAGGCUACUUUCCAGAGAACCGAGCAACUUGGCUUGGAACUUGCGAAGAGAAUGGCGAAGCGGCCAAGACUGACCGUGGUGUGCUCGUGAAGGUCGUGGAGAACUACUCGCCGGGCAGUCCUGGCGACAAGGAGGAAGAGGUGGCAUUCGCUGAAAGUUGCCUUGCGCUAGCAGAGGGCGAUGUGGUGGAGGUGGCGGCAAGUGGCGGUGGCUGGGUGUAUGGUCGCGUUGUCGGAUCUCCGGAACGCCACGGAUAUUUCCCGGAGACACGUGUGUCAUGGCUUGGAAAGCCUGUGGAGCGAGAUCCCGAGGGGAAUGAGGAGAGCCAGAACUCUCGCGUCCUCAGCUCUGCAGAGGAAACUGCUUUGCGCGAAGCCGCUGCCGCUGUCACACAGGACGCCAUAAGCCCCUCCAGAGCGGUCACAGGCGCUGAUGAAGCUGCAGCAUGA